AUGACAAGGCGGAUCAUGAGUGCUCUGGAUGACGCAGGCAGCCCGAGCUCGCUACGUCGGAGCUACGGCGGCGGCGGCGGCGGCGGCGGCGGCGACGACGCACCCGUGGUCGCGAGCAACGGGGGCGGGAGUUCGACGAGGCAGCACCAGGCGGUGGCGGUGGCGGCGGCGGCUGCGGCGGUUUCGGGCGAGAAAGGGUCGGGGGUGGGCAAGGAUGCCGCUCCCGCUCCCGCCGAGGAGUCUUCCCCAAAGGCCGCGCCGGGAUCGCGCAAGCGGAAGACUAGCGACGACCAAGGGUCGGGGCCGCAAAGGGGAGAAGACCUCGCGGGGGCGUCGGCAGCGGUGCCGAAGGACGCGGCGGGCGGCGAGAACGGCAAGAACGGCACCAGUACGGGCGCGGAUAAGGACAAGGCUGAUGAUGCCGGAGGUUCCGACUCUUCCGACGACCUCGCCAUCACGCAGCCGCGCCCCAAGCGCGCGCGGACGAGCAGCGAGGGCGGGGGGCUUGCCCAAUCAUCGAGCGGCACCCCCACGGCCGGCGGCGGCGGUGGCGGCAAGAACGGCCCGUCCCCGGCCGAAUCUCGGCAAAGAGUCGCCAAUGCUUCUUCUUCUCCCGUUGCUGCCGGCCCGGCCGCCUCGCCCGCCACCAGGGGAAAGGGCGGGGCCGACAAGGCCGACAAGGCUGGAGCAGCAGCAGCAACCAGCCGAGGGCGAGCCGACGGCGGCGGCGGCAGCCGGAGCGGAGAGAAAGAAGGCACUCUAGCGGCGGAAAAGGAGAAGGAGAAGGAAGAGGAAGAGGAGAGGAGGCUGCAGGCGCGGCGCCGAGGGCGACACGCGCGGUCCCCCUACUUGCACGGCGGCACGGGCGGGAGGAUCGACCCCAGCGGCGGCCUGCCGACGUCAGUGCGACCGGUGGCUCUGGCUCUUGGAGGAGGCGGAGGCGGGGGAGGCGGUGCCAAGCUUGGUGGCACCCCCGUUAGAUCGGCUUCCAAGGGAUGGACGUGCCAAGGCUGCUACGUCAGGGUCUACGACAUGGACCUGAAGGUGUGCGACAUGUGCAGGAGACCGAGAAACUUUGGCACGCCCAGCUUCAAGAACCCUCCCGCUGUUCUUCCCGGGGGCAGGACCCUGUACACGGUGCGCGCAGGGCUCGAGGCGGCGGGCUUGGCCUCCCCCGGUAUGCCUGGGACUGCUGCCGCUGCGGUUGGAGCGGCGGCAACGGCGACGGCAACGGCGACGGCCAAGACUGCGAGUGAUGCCACAACUACUGCGGCGGCCGCGACGGCAGCUGCUGCCACGCCUGCUUCAGCGCGGCCCACCCCCAGCAAGCCCAGGGUAACCUUCUCGUUUGGACCAUCAACCCCCGCCGCGGCCGCGGCGGCGCCGGGCAGUCCGGCUCCUACUGCUGCCGCCGCCCCCAAGCCCUCUCCUGGACCUGCUUUCAGCUUUGGCGGCGGAGGUGGCAGCGGCGUGUCGUCAGCUGCUGCGAAAACGGCUCCUUCUUCCGUUUCAACCGUGCCAGCCGCCGCCGCCGCGCCUGCCGCUAGCCCGGCCCCUGGUCCCGCGUUUUCUUUCGGUUCCGCCGCCGGAGGGGCCACGGGCUCGUCCUCGGCUGGGUCAGCGUCGACGGCGGCAGCAGCAGCCCCUGCGGCACCUACCGCUGCGUUUGCGUUCGGGGGUGCCGCCCCAGCCGCUGCUGCUGCUGCUGCUGCGACUGCUGCGACGGCCUCGACGCCGGCAACCACCACCACCACCACCGCCACGAAGACGAUCGGGGCAGCCGCCGGUACUGACGGGGCUACCCCCGCGGCCGCUCCUGCUCCCACGGCGGGCUUCACCUUCGGUGCUGCUGCUCCUGCCCCUGCGGCUGCUCCGUCGUUCACUGCCGCCGCCGCUCCCGCUCCCGCCUCCGGUCUGGCGGCAAAGUUCACGUUCGGCGUCGCCGCUCCGGCCCCCGCUGCCGGCACGACCCCCCCAGCUGCUGCCCAGGCACCGGGCGCCGCCGCUGCUACGCCUUCGACGUUUACGUUCGGCGCUAAGCCCGCCGUCGGCGCGGGUGCCGCUGCUGCUGCACCGACAAAGACUUUGUUUGGCGGCGCUGCUCCAGCGGCGGCGGCGGGGGCGGCGACUACGAAGACACUGGGGGUUCCUGCGUUUUCUUUCGGUGCAACCGCCCCUGCCGCAGCAGCGCCGGCGGCCCCAGCCGCGGCUGGCGGGUCCGGCGGAAUCGCGAGCCGCCUCGGCCCCGCCCCAACGGCUGCCGGUCUCGCCGCCCCGAAACCUUCGCCGGCGACGACGGGCUUCGGUGGCUUCGGCGGGUUCGGCGCUCCCGCGGGCGGCGGCGGCGGCGGCGGCGGGACUAAGCGGGCUUCUUCGCCUGCCGUCUCCACGGGCUUCGGGGUCGCGCAACAGCCGACGCGCGGGGAGUCUCCCGCCACGUCGGCGUUUUGCGCCUUCGGGGCGACGGGCUUCGCGGGCGUG